UCCCCCGGCCACUCCGGUUUCCUCCCACAUCCCGAAAACGUGCACCAUUAAUUGGACACUCUAAAUUACCCCUAUAGGUGUGAUUGUGAGUGCAGCUGUUUGCCUGUGAUUGACUGCCAACCAGUUCGGGGUGUACCCUGCCUCCUGCCCGUUGACAGCUGGGAUAGACUCCAACACUCUCCCUGACCCUUGUGGGGAUAAGUAAGCAUCUAAGAAAAUUGAUGGAUUUAUUUCAAUACAAGCGUCAAGAAACGAAUGGACGACGACGACGUUAGCAGCGGGCGGCCAUUGCUAGCCCCACAAACGAGGCAGGGGAGGAAGUGGAGCUUCGCUUACGUCGCGAGGCAAAAAAAGUGGGCUGAGCCGCCGAAGGAUUUGAGCUGGUCGGGAGGCGGAGAGGAAGGGCAAACGCAGCAGAGGAGGGAAGCGGGCAACAACGGAGGGGAGAGCGCGGCCGAGCCAUGUCGCUCCAACCGCCACCGAAACGACGAAAAUGGCCAGAAAACUGCACGCCGACCGGGGCAGACGACGGCGGAUAGGCAUGGCCGACGAUGUUGGGAUUCCAUUUGGCGUGUAACAGAAUGCGACGGAAGAACUAGAUCGUACGACCCACCAAAAAAAUGGGUUGAUAUCAAGCUACGAAGAUGUUUCGGAUGGAAUCGUUACGAUUUAUCAGGAGACAUGGACUGUUGAGAGGAUUUUCAAAUCGGGACCAAUAGAAGACAGCUCUACCCCAUUCAACUGGAUUUCGCUGACAUUGGAGACCGUGUUAAAUGAAGAUAGCGUUGUUUCACGUGAAGAUGGCAAUUUUUUGACAAGCUGAAUUUUUUUGUUUUUUGGACGAGAUUUCAUAUGGAUUUUAAAAUACGUUUUACGACACUGGACAUCGGAACACAGUUGCUAUCUGUGUGUUGGACUUAUUUUACUAGUUUUUUGAGAACCAGAAAUUUGGCAAUUGUACGUUGGUGUUUAUGUUGUUAAUAAAGAGUAUGUUCUGUAUUUUUUCCUGUGUUUCAUUAGAUAGGGUGCCAUUGAUAUUUUCAAUUUGAUAUCUCAAAAUUUUUUAUUUGUAUUUCAUGUGGCUGCAACAGUUAAAAAAAAAAAAACAAUCAUUAAUAUUGGGCAAUGUACUUAUGAGGCUAAUGUCAUCCAGAAACUGGUCAUGUAUUGUCAUUGCUUUUUAUAAUACUAUUCUGCAAGUAUAGUAAAUGGAUGUUAAUUGGGUAUUUAGUCAUUCUUCCCAGUGUGUACUCAAAUACGAUGUUGAUAAUUCAAUAAAACAGUUGUAAAACAAUGGCUGUGAAAUGGUUAACUGGCAUUUACUGAGAAAUGAAAUGGUUUCCUAAAGCUUCCUAAAAUGGCUUCUGACUGUUCUUCUUCCUGUUCGAACAGGAAGUGAUGCAAUUGCUGCAAAAAAAUUGUUAGACUCGUUAUUCUUUGUCCAUUUAGUAGUAAAGGAACACUUUCACUUUCGGGGGUCGGUGUGUGCUUGUUAAGAGUGAUGAACAUAAUUCUACGUUUCCAUAAACGAAAAGUUAAAGAUGAAGGGGAGGGACUUGCACAUCACCUGAGUGUUGGCUAAAUGAAAAUAACGUCAAUCAAAGGCUUUCAGCGCUAGGAAGGAGCUCUAGAUGGCGGAUGAUCCUUAGGAAGGCUGCUAUGGGCUGUCGUCAUUCCGUUUUUCUUGCCCCCGUGUCGACUGACGCGACGUCCUGCUCCGUCUAAGCGAUGCUUCCGCUGACCCGCUCGACGUUUUGAGCCGUUUCGGGCCGUUUCGCCGGGCUUUUCGGGCCGUUUUUCCGCGUCGAAGGAGCCGUGUGGGCUGCGGGGAGUGCUCGUCGUUGUUUUCCAUGCACGGCUCCGGCGGCCAUGGCGAGCCUCCAUUUUUAGAGUGCUGCUCGCUCGCCUCUUGUCUCGCUGAGGCUGCCUGACAGCCGAGGAGGUCCGGAGAGGCCCACAAUGUCUUUAAAACGUGGUUCUUUUUGUAUUUAAUUACAAAUAACUGUCCUUUUUUGGGGGGGUCUGCUUGUUGUUUUGACGUUUUAUUUCAUUUUGCAUCCGCGGCGAAUCGGAAGGAAAUAGUUAAAUCAAUCGGCUGCUGUCUCGCUAUGGGAUUGCUAUGUUUACAUAGCUUGCGUUAUCAACCCCACACUUGUCUUCAUGUUUAACUUUAUUUUUUUAAUUUUGUCAUUCUUCUGAUGACGCAGUUAGAAUUAAUUGAUGCGACUCGGCCCCUUUGCACAAAACAGAUAGCUGGCACAUGUAGGCUAAUGGAAAUAGCACUAGCAAUUGUUUUUUCUGUAUAUAAUACAUGUAUAUAUAAAAUGGUCAAUCAUGUGUAUUUAAUUCCCCUUUCUCCUCUCGAUUUGCAACCGCUUGGGAUUUAAACCGCCUACCCAGGGGCGAAGGCAAUCUUGACUUGUGUGCUACUUUGUGCCUCCUGGAACUUUUUGACUCGAAUACCAGGACACCAGUUAAUCUCUCCCAAAGGACUUUUACUUUUUUUUUUUUUUUUGUUUUGUUUUUGUUGUCAACAAUCGCCACACCAUGAAGAACAGAAAUAAAAAGCAAGGGGAUGAAGGAUCCACUCAAAGCAAUGCAUCCAGCAAUUCAGCUACAGAAGAGUCCAACCGCUCUGGGUCAGAGUCGGGGAGUCAGUCCGAGAGCGAGCAUGGCAGCGAGAGACGACAGCCCCGCCGCUCAGAGUCCAACAGCUCGUCCGGGUCCGAGAGUCGGUCGGGGAGUGAAAGUGAGUCUGCGGAGUCCAAGAGGCAGGCUAGCGGCGACCUCAAGGACAAGCCGGUUAAGAAGAAGGAGCGCCUGGCUGAUGUUAAGAAGGUAACAGAACCGCCUUCAACUUUGUACUCCACUUCCAGGAUGUUACGGGUCGUUAUCUUAUUUCAGAUGUGGGAGGAGCAUCCAGACGUCUACGGAGUCAGAAGGUCCAACCGCAGUAGACAGGAACCAUCUCGUUUGAACAUCGGCGCUGGGGGUAGCAGUGACUCAGAAAGUGAAAGUCCAAAAAGAAAAAGCUCUCGUGUCAAGAAGGAUAUCUGGAAUGAUGAUGAUGAUGAUGAUGACUCAAAUGAUGACGAGGAGGAAGCUUCCAGCAGUACAGACAGUGAGCAGGAAGAGAAAAAAGUUAGAUCCAGAAGACUUCCUGCUAGAAGACCUCAGACGAAAUCGUCAAACAAAAAACUUUCCCAAAAAACACGGAAAUCAAGGAAACAAGAAUCCUCACCUGAGGAAGACGAUGACGACGACGAGGAGGAUGAGGAUGACGAGGAUGAGGAUGACGACGACGACGAUACUCCAAAAAGACAAACUCGUCGAAGAGGGGCGACCAAAGUCAAAAGCUAUAAAGAAGACCAACACGACUUUGAAACAGACUCCGACGACCUGAUUGAGAUGACGGGCGACGCAUGCGAGGAACAGCAGGAUGACGACAGCGAGACCAUUGAAAAAGUCAUGGACACCAGGAUCGGCAAAAAAGGAGCCACAGGUGCUUCCACAACCAUGUACGCCGUGGAGGAGAACGGUGACCCGUGCGAAGGCUUUGACCCGAACAACGACGAGGGGGAAACCCAGUAUCUGGUCAAGUGGAAGGGCUGGUCUUACAUCCACAACACGUGGGAGAGCAUGGACUCGCUAACACAGCAGAAAGUAAAGGGUUUGAAGAAACUGGACAACUUCAAGAAGAAAAAUGAAGAGCUCAAUGCAUGGUUGAAGAAGGCAUCUCCUGAGGAUGUGGAGUUUCACAACUGCCAGCUGGAGCUCAUUGCAGACUUGAACAAGCAGUUUCAGUUUGUGGAGCGUGUAAUCGCAACCAAAACAGGAAAAACGCACGGAUCUUCCGACUUCCCAUCUCACAGUCACAAGACGUCAUCAAAUGAGCCCGAGUACCUGUGCAAGUGGAUGGGCCUCCCGUACUCGGAGUGCAGUUGGGAAGACGGGGCGCUGGUUAUGAAGAAGUUCCAGCACUGCAUAGACAGCUUCUUGAGCCGGAACUCCAGCAAAACUGUCCCCUCCAAAGACUGCAAGGUGUUGAAACAAAGGCCGAGAUUUGUUGCUCUGAAAAAGCAGCCUACGUACAUUGGAGAUGAGAACCUCGAACUGAGAGACUAUCAGCUGGCCGGGCUCAACUGGCUCGCUCACUCCUGGUGCAGGUGCAACAGCGUCAUCCUGGCAGACGAGAUGGGUCUGGGAAAGACCAUCCAAACCAUCUCUUUCCUCUCCUACCUGUUCCACCAGCAUCAGCUGUAUGGGCCCUUCUUAGUGGUGGUGCCCCUGUCCACGCUCACGUCCUGGCAGAGAGAGUUUGACACCUGGGCCCCCGACAUGAACGUAGUGGUUUACCUCGGUGACGUCAUGAGCCGCAAAACGAUCCGUGACUACGAGUGGGUGAAUCACCAAACUAAAAGAAUCCGUUUUAAUGCACUAUUAACUACUUAUGAAAUUCUCCUGAAAGACAAGGGAGUCCUGGGCAACAUCAACUGGGCGUUCCUCGGUGUGGAUGAGGCUCACCGGUUGAAGAAUGACGAUUCCCUCUUGUACAAGACAUUAAUGGAGUUCAGGUCGAAUCACAGGCUCCUUAUUACCGGCACUCCGCUGCAGAAUUCUCUCAAAGAACUGUGGUCACUGCUGCACUUUCUCAUGCCUGACAAGUUUGACUCGUGGGAGGAUUUUGAGGACGACCACGGCAAAGGAAGAGAAAACGGCUACCAGAGUCUCCACAAAGUCCUCGAACCCUUCCUGCUCCGUCGUGUCAAAAAGGAUGUGGAGAAAUCACUUCCUGCCAAAGUGGAGCAGAUUCUCCGUGUUGACAUGAGUGCACAGCAGAAACAAUUUUACAAGUGGAUUUUAACACGGAAUUACAAAGCGCUCUCCAAAGGCACUCGAGGCAGCUCCUCGGGCUUCCUGAACAUUGUUAUGGAGCUUAAAAAGUGUUGCAACCACGGCUUCCUCAUCAAGCAGCCCGACGAGGGGGAGCCCGAAUCUCAAGAGGAACACCUGCAGGCUCUCGUGCGCGGCAGCGGGAAGCUAGUGCUGCUGGACAAGCUGCUCACCCGGCUCAGGGAGCGAGGCAACAGAGUGCUGAUCUUCUCGCAGAUGGUCAGGAUGUUGGACAUCCUGGCUGAAUACCUCGCCAAGAAACGUUACCCAUUCCAGCGAUUGGAUGGCUCCAUCAAGGGAGAAAUUCGAAAGCAAGCACUGGACCACUUUAAUGCCGAAGGCUCGGAGGACUUCUGCUUUCUCUUGUCCACGAGAGCUGGAGGCUUAGGAAUAAACUUGGCCUCGGCCGACACCGUGGUCAUCUUCGACUCGGAUUGGAACCCUCAGAAUGACCUGCAGGCUCAAGCUAGGGCUCACAGGAUUGGCCAGAAGAAACAGGUGAAUAUAUAUCGACUGGUCACCAAGGGAACAGUCGAGGAAGACAUCAUCGAGAGGGCAAAGAAGAAGAUGGUUUUGGACCAUCUGGUCAUCCAGCGAAUGGACACCACCGGUCGAACUGUACUGGAUAGCAACUCGGGCAACACCAAUUCAAACCCAUUUAACAAGGAAGAGCUCACUGCUAUCCUCAAGUUUGGUGCAGAAGAACUCUUUAAAGAAGCAGAAGGAGAAGAGUCUGAACCUCAGGAAAUGGACAUUGACGAGAUCCUGAGGUUGGCAGAAACGAGAGAAAGUGACCAGGGCCAAAGUGCAACUGAUGAACUUCUGUCUCAGUUUAAGGUGGCCAAUUUUUCCAGCAUGGAGGAGAGUGCGCCUGACCUCGAGGAGAAGCCUUCUCGGGAAUGGGACGACAUCAUCCCCGAGGAGCAACGACGUAAAGUCGAAGAGGAGGAGGAGAAGCAGCGGGAAAUGGAUCUCUUCAUGUUGCCCAGAAGCAGAAGUUCCAACAAGCGGGCUCAGGCCAAUGACAGCGACAGCGACGUGGGCUCCAAGCUCAAGCAACACUCCUCGGGCUCCGACAGCGAGACGGACGACAGCGACGAAGACAAGAAGCCAAAGAAGAGAGGCCGGCCUCGAGCCCGCAAGAACAACGUGGAGGGUUUCAACGAUGCCGAAAUACGGAGAUUCAUUAAGGCUUACAAGAAGUUUGCAGCUCCACUUGAAAGGCUGGAAGCCAUAGCGCGGGACUCUGAGCUGGUCGACAAGUCGAUCGCAGACCUGAAGAGACUGGGCGAACUCAUUCACACCAGUUGUAUGGCUGCAGUGCAAGAACACGAGGAAAACCUGAAAGAGAACCCAAUUGAAGCGAAAGGUCCCGGCAAACGGCGAGGAAUCAACAUCAAGAUCUCGGGCGUGCAGGUCAACGCAAAGUCCAUCAUACAGCACGAGGAGGAGUUUGAGCCGUUACACAAAGCCGUGCCGUCCGAUCCGGCCGAGAGGAAUACUUUCAAGCUCACUUGCAGAGUCAAGGUCGCCCACUUCGACGUGGACUGGAAUGUGGAAGAUGACGUUCAGCUUUUACUGGGAAUUUACGAGCACGGAUUCAGCAACUGGGAUCUCAUCAAGACCGAUCCCGACCUCAAGCUGGGUGAAAAGAUCCUCCCUGAUGAUCCAGGCAAAAAGCCUCAGGCCAAACAGCUGCAGGCGAGAGCCGAGUAUCUACUCAAGCUGCUCAAAAAGGAACAAGACAACGCAGACAUAUCAAAAACUGCGGACGACGUCAAAGUGAAGAAAAGGAAACCUCGGGUGAAGAAGGAGAAGAUAGUCAAGGAUGAGCAGGGCAAUGACAUCUCGUCCCCGCGCUUGUCCGACAAUCCGUCAGAAGAGGGUGAGCUCAAGGAGGAAGGAGCCGAAAAGUCCCCCACCAAGAAGCGACAGAAGAAGGACAACAAGGAGAACAAAGAGAAGCAAGGAACUCCGAAGAAGGAGAAGGAAGGAGACAAAGAGAAGAAGGCGAACAAGGCCAAAAAAGAGAAGGGAAAAGGAGCCAAACCCCGGAAAAGUCAAGGACCCGUUCACAUCACGGCAGGCUCCGACCCCGUUCCCAUCGAAGGAAAGGAAGACGACGAACUGGACCAGGAGACUUUCAGUAUUUGCAAGGAGCGCAUGAGGCCGGUCAAGAAGGCGCUGAAGCAGCUGGAUAAACCGGACGAGGGUUUGUCGGACCAGGACCAGCUCCAGCACACGCGCACGUGCCUGCUGAAGAUCGGAGACCGGAUCACCGAGUGCCUUAAAGCCUACAGCGACCCCGAGCAUGUGAAAAUAUGGCGACGAAAUCUCUGGAUUUUUGUGUCCAAGUUUACGGAAUUUGGCGCCCGGAAGUUGCACAAGCUUUACAAAAUGGCCCAGAAGAAACGCUCACACGAGGAAGAGAAGGAGCACAAGAAGAAGGACGAGCCCCCCAGUCGAGGAAAAUCUUUCCGGGCGGACGCUUCGGCGUCCGGUCGAGACUCCGCGGGUCCGCAGUCUGCUCCCUCACACUCCAUGCAGUCGGCUCCUCACGGACACCACCGGGAUUACAACAAACGGCACUUUCCCAACGACGACCGGGGGGACUGGCAGCGCAAGUACAACCACCCGGGCAACAGCAACCAGUCGUGGCAGGGCGAGCGUCACCACCCGUACGACGGCCACCGCUACAAGGACCACUACGGCGACCGGCACGCCCACGGCGACUCGUACCGCAGCUCGGGCGGCUACCGCAACAACAGCUCGCCGCGCAAGAGGCCCUACGACCUGUACGGCAACGACCGGGACCACCGGGCGCACCGCCCCUACUACGACAGGCACCAGGACCCCAAAAGAAGGCGCCCGGACGACUUCCACUCCAAUUACCACCACCAGGGACGCGACGGCCCCUCUCAGGACUUCCGCCGGAUGCCGGACCACCGGUCCGGGGCGCCGCCGAGCCAAGACCACUACGGCAGACCCUUCUACCCGGACAAACCCCCGCCGCUGGACCCGCGCUCCCAGCAGUGUCAGAAAUCGCCGCACGACUCCCUGUCGUCGCCGCCGGACCACAACGCCCCGGCCGAAAGCGCCUGGAACAACAGGAAGUCCUAAACGCGAGGACCGGACCAGUCAUAAGCUGAAGGCGAGCGGACACGCGACAAGCACCCUCAAUGAAAACUGGAGGCUGUGGAAUGGAUGCUUAGUCCCAUGGACUACUUUCUAAGGGUGGAUUUGGGACACGGUGAACUGUUGACUGACCUUAAAGUGCCUGAUUUAUUAUUAUUAUUAUUAUUAUAUAUAUAUAUUUUUUUCCUUCCCCCUUGAAACCACAACAAGGAGCAUUUUUGUUCAUUUCUGCGUUUAGCUUUAAACGUCAUCGGACAAUGUGAGUACAAAAGAAUGUUGUCAUCAUCAUGUGCACCUUUUUUUUUUUUUUUUUUGCAGCACUUGUUAGAGAAAAUUGUCGGUAAAUUCCAUGGGAAGUUAAAAUGGUGGAGCCCCCCCAAAAUUAUUUUUGAUUCAUCCCCAAUUAGUUAUUUUUUUUCCUUCAAUACAACUAUCAUGAUCAUAAAUUCACUGCAGAAUUUUGGCAUUGGGAGUGAGGCCCCUUCAUUGGCCUUCGAUCACUGAACUUCUCUUUAAGUCCCUGAAAUGUUUCCAGGCUCAUUGUGGGGUGGGGGUCCCGUUCGUAUGAUUAUGUUUUUUUUUGGUGGGGGUGGUUCAGCUGGUAAAGCCUUAGCCGCACAAUUCUGAGAUCCCGGGUUCAAUCCCAGAACCGCCUGCGUGGAGUUUGCAUGUUCUCCCCAUGUGCCUGCGUGGGUUUUCUUCGGGUGGGCACUCCGGUUUCCUCCCACAUCCCAAAAACAUGGGACAUUAUAACUGGACGCUACGUUUGCCCCGUCGGUGCGAUUGGUUGUUUGUCUCGAUAUGCCCUGUAAUUGGCUGGCGACCAGUUCAGGGUGUACCCCACCUCCUGCCCUGUUGAAACUGGGAUAGGCUCCGGCACUCCCCGCAACCCUCAUGAGGAUAAGCGGUGAAGAGAAUGGAUGGAUGGUUCUGUCAACUAAAUGCAAAAUAGCCACUUUGUCACUUGGUUUACCGUGGAAAGUUCCCCAAAAUUGAAUUUCGCGGAACACAAAACGACACCACGGCAUUUUACUCCAGGGCGGCAUUUCCCCAAAAUGUAUCAGAAAAGUCUCCAAAAGGCACAUCAACAUACGCAAAUAUCACAAAAAAAAUAGUGAAAUAUGAAGCUCGUGUUUUCACAAAUGUAGUUUUUAUUUUUUUUGGAAAGUUGAACACUAAGCUGUGAUUGUGUGGUAUCAACGGCACAACGGGUUCUUUGUACUUCCUGCCAUCGAACGGAAGAACUUUGCAUUGUUUUGCUUGUGGCUACAGUAUCCAUCACUGCUAUAGGUAGAUGAGCAAAGAUUCAUUAUUUGGAGUACCUACAUUUUUAUUAUUAUGUUUUUUUUCCCCCCUCAGACCAGUGAAGUAGCUAAUUUCCCACCGGGGUUGAGACUCACUCUUCUAAAGACUCAAGAUUUUUUUUUUUUUUUUUUAAUAUAAUGCUACUGAGGAAGGCCCCCUUUUGUGGAAAAUGAAAAUGGAAGAAUCAGUAUUUAUCACAACGCUACGAUGACCCUUUCGCUAUUUUCACCCGCGGUAUGUCUGAUCGAAUGUGUAAUUGUGUGCGCCAUUUUAAGGACAUUUACUCCCGAUGCCAAAUGUGGUCCUCCAUUUUGUGUCGCCCCUUUCCCGUUUGUGCCUUCACUCUGUGUGGUAUAUUAUAGUAGUAGUCCGUGCGCACUGCUGAGCGACGGAGGUUUGCCGCUUAGUAUUUAUAUAUCACGAUGGGUGAGAAACAUGGGGGAGUGCGGGCCGUGGGUGGCACACGUGAACGUUUGACGCGGCCCCCGGUAUCGCGCUCACCGAGGGCUGCUUCGAGGUUCAAAUUUAGGGUUCGAAAAGGGAAGAAAUUUUCCGCGGUAAGUUAAGCUGGAAAUUUUGGGUCACAAUAAGCUUAAAUAUGAACAUUGUUUUGUGGUGGAAGACAGUUAUGCAAAAAUAAUGCAAUUAACAAGCGCGACAUUUCAAGUGCAACUUUGUCAAGUUUUAAAUGUCUUUGAACAAUCAAGAGCAAAUCAAAGGAUUUGAGUCCAAUCCAUCCAAAAUUAACACACACCCCCAUUCACAAAUAUCAACAAAUUCCCAUUAUGCUGAUUAAGAUAAAAAAAAUAAAACAUUUCUCCGCAAAUAUAUUUUAAGUUUUAUACUAAACUUUGUGAAUUUUUGGUUUGUUUAGCUUCCAAUGUUGACACUGAACAGAAUUAUGCACCCCUUUUCAUAUUUGGUAGCGAGAACCCGAGAAUUAAAUUUGAUCCGAAAACGGCUGACCUCUUCCUGCCUUUUGGGGUUUUGAGACUUUUUGUGGGCGUGCUCACGGCAGACAAAUUUCAUGUUGCGCAAUCAAAACAAAUUUUUUGUUGUUGUUGUUGAAAUAUUAGUACGAAUAAUCUGUAAAUUGAAAAUGCCUGAGGAGUUUUUGAAAACCCAGAGUGAAAACAGUAUUUUCAUGUGGGUCUUUGCACUGUUAGGAAGGGAAAAGGAAAAAAAAAAAAACAUCAAACAGAAAUGCUCCUAAUAUAUAUUAAAAAAAAAUGUAUUACAACAGUCACUUUUUAAAGACAGUAUAGAACGGCAACAAUUAUGUGGCAACUGGUGAAGGGACCACGUAUCUCAGCGGUAAUCAUCGCGUAUUAUGCGUCGUAGAAAUGCAAAGUGUUUUCCUCUGCCUGCACCGCGUCAAGCAAGCUCCAGUCGAAAAAUAAUUUAUAUUUGUGACGACAACGACCACUCUUGAUGAGAAAUGUUCUCCUUGUACAUAUGUUUGGACAUAUGUAAUAAAGUUUGUUAAGCAAAAAGGACAAGAAGUUCAUGUCCGCUUGUGACUGUACCAUGACUUUUCAAUUAAAGAUGAUUCGGGAAAAAUGAAAUGAGUGGA